AUGGAUUAUAUCACCGCUACCAUGAUUCUUAAACAAGACAGAAAGAUUGUUCAGGACAGAGAGAAACGAUCCAAUUUUAAUGAGAAGCUAGCUAAUGAAAUAUCUUUCAGCACCGACACUAUUCUAAAAAAGACUCUCGAUGUUGUCAAACAGCUGAAUAAAGAAUCGACAUCCGACGCAGCGCUCAGCGGUUUCUAUCACGGACUCUACCAAACAAACGUCCACGUGGCUCAAUUCAUCAAGAACCUGAAGCUCUGUUCAAAAGACACUGAAGAUCUGGUCAUCGGUGUCAAACAACUGUUCGAAAUGGCUAUUCACGGCUCUGUUGGGAAUCAUUCGCCAAGGCAAGAAAGAGUGGAGGGGAAGGAUUUGAAAGAGAUCAAGAAGAAGCGGGAACAACGCCGGCGAGAUCGAUUGAGCGCUGGUCUCAACGGUUUACACGAGUUCAUCGUGCAGAACAAUGUGGCGCAGGUGCAAAAAAAGAAAUUCGAAAAGAAUCAGAUCCUUGACAUUAUUAUCGAUUAUAUCGCGAGUACCAAAGCCGCAAUGAUAAAUAGGACCAUCCAGGAGCACCUGAUCCACGCACAAGGAGUCGUCACUGGUCAGAACAAAGGAAAGGAGUUGGCACUUCAGUUUUUUAUGAUCAACUCGCAACUUGUUCUCCACCUUGUACAAUUCAAUGCGUAUUUGGAUGAGAAAUUGAGCAAAAUCCGGGCACUAAUUGCUCCAUCACCUGCUCCACUCAACACUGAAUUUUACCAGUUGAUGCUCCAACUACCGGGAUUUCUGAACCUCCCAGCUGCUCCUCUGUCGGGUGCACCAACAUCUCCAACCGGAUCCUGGACUCGCUCUUCGCCAUCUUCCGAUGUUUCGUCAGGUAGUACUUCUCCAGCCAAAGAAUCAAGGGGAAUCGUUCGCCCAUGGGAAUAA